AGGAGCAGUCAACAACUCAACCCUCUCUCUCUCUCCAUCCUUUCAUUUCCAUGGCUAGAAUUUAUCCUCAGAGCCCAUCUUCUUCUUCUUCUUCUUCUUCACCUCCUUCUUCUCCUUCUUCUUACAUGACUUCAAAGCGGGAGACCUUUACAGUGUGGAUGAAGUCGCUUGUGUACCAUGGAAAUGGCUGCACGGUUUUCGACUCCAAUGGCGAGAUAGUCUACAGGAUUGACAACUACAACACCAAAUGCAGCAGAGAAGUUCAUCUAAUGGAUCUCCACGGCAGGGUUCUCUUCUCCAUUCGCCAAAAGAAAUUAGCGGUUUUUGGACGCUGGGAUGGCUACAGAUUGGGCAACACAGAAGUGAUAGAUGAGGAAAUUCUGUGCUUUCGUGUUAAGAGAAGCCGGAAUGUUUUCAGAGGAGAUUCUAAUCACUACUGUGUUAAUCUGGCUUGUGAUCAGCCUGAAGAAAGCUGCUACAAAAUCAUAGCUUUACCUGGAAAAUCAACAUUCAAGAUUGUCAGUAGAUCAAGAUUAGUUGCAGAGGUAAAACAAAAGCAGGCUACAUCUGGGGUUGCUUUUGGAGAUGAUGUAUUGAGUUUGAUGGUGGAACCUCAUGUUGAUCAUUCUCUGGUUAUGGCUUUAGUGACUGUUUAUGGCUUGAUCAACCAGAAACUAUGAGAAGAUUUUUUUUUUUUUUUUUUUUGGUACUGAGUUAUACAUUUCUGUUUAUAUAUGUGAAAGAAACACUCACAGGAACCAAAGGAUACUGUAACCUGUUCAGAUCAGUAAAGUUCUAACAAUUUUUCUCA